CUCUCAGUCUCUUUCUCCUUCACUUGGCUUCCCAGAGCUCACUGUGCUCCCAGAUCUCAAAUUCUAGAGAGAGAGAGAGAGAGAGAUGGGGCUGGGGGUGGGGAUGGGUCUGAACAUGCUGUUGCUGGUGGCGAUGGUGGCCACCAACAUCUUCUCCCUCUACCACCUCGCCUCCAUCCGCAACCCGCCUAACCCACCCGCACCGCCCGUCCCGGACCACCUUCUCCGCCACCUCUCCACAAUCCGUGCUACUAUCACCCACCUUGCCGCCCGCCACGCCUCUGCCGCAUCCGCCGCCGGUAACGCCGCCAUCCCUCCCGAACUCAUCCGCUAUACUGCCGAGCGGCGCCUUCCGCUCGGCCGUUCUGUUGUCACGGAGCAGGACAUCUUUCCUUUCUCUGUCGGCACCGCCUGCCAAAGCCACCCUGACCUUCUCAGCCGCUUCAUGAAUUACACAGCCUUCAAGCCCUGCCCCGACGACGCCGAUCUCGCCGAGAGCCUCAUGGUCCAUGGCUGCUUCCCUCUUCCCCGCCGCCGCUGCUUCUCGCUGACUGCCCCUAAAUCCCCUUCUUCCCUACCCACUAAUCCCUUCCCCUCCUCCCUGCCCGCCGCCGCCGUGAGGUGGUCGCGCUUCACCUGCAAAUCCUUCGACUGCCUAACUCGACUUGGCCGGCCCGGUUUCGAUCUCUCGAUUGACUCCCCCAAAUGGAUGGAGCAAUCCGAUGCCACCGGCCUCACCAUUCCCGUGUUCUUCAAGUACGUCCAGGCCGCGAAUUCCGGACCCAUCCGGCUCGGUCUCGACAUUGGCGGCGGCACCGGAACCUUCGCCGCUCGGAUGAAGGAGCGGAACGUCACAGUGGUGUCUACGACGCUUGACUUGGGCGCUCCUUACAACGAGGUGAUGGCUCUGAGGGGCUUGGUGCCGCUGCAUCUGACGAUGCAGCAGCGGUUCCCAUUGUUCGACGGGAUGAUGGACGUGGUGCACUGCGAUCGGGCCGUGAACCGAUGGAUCCCGGUGACGACGAUGGAAUUCCUCUUCUUCGACAUCGAUCGCGUGCUCCGGGGGGGUGGCAUUCUGUGGAUCGACCACUUCUUCUGCAAGGCCGUGGAUCUGAACAAGGUGUACGCCCCGCUGAUCGGGAAGUUGGGCUACCGGAGACUCAAGUGGGUCACCGGAAACAAGACGGAUGUCGGGGGGGCGAAGUAUGGAGAGGUCUACUUGAGCGCCAUUCUGCAGAAACCCAUUAAAUCCAGUUAGUUUUAGCAGUAUUCUUCACUACCAUGGCGCCUCUCUUGUAUGUCUUGAUUCCUUUCCUCAGUUUACCCCUUCCGGUUGCUUUAAUUGCUUACUUUUCUUCGUUGAAAACAAAUACUGCAAAAGUGCAUGAAUUGGAGCUGUAAACGGGGCGGAGCUGUGAUGAUAAAUUGGGGAUGAGGGAAAUUGUUGAAGAAAUAGAACCUGGUGAAUGACUAGAUCAAUUCCAUCUUAUAUUUCUUUUAGAAAGAUUUUGUUGUAUCAUUAUUAUGUUGAGAUAGUAAUGUAACCAAGCUACAAACACGCCCCCGUUGUUUAUGAUCAAAUAAAUAAGGAGAGAAUGAAGAAUUUCUUUCUUCCUA